UCUUCCUCCAGACGAUGCUGCACAACUCGGACGGAGCGAUGUUGUCGAGGCUGCUGGGAAUCCUCGCCCUCUGUUCCCUCUGCUCAGCCAUGCUAAACAACACUGCCCCAGGGACUGGCUUUGGUGUGGACAACACCAUUGAUUGGAGAGGCUCGGGCUCGAACUCGGGCUCGGACUCGGGCUCGGACUCGGACUCGGACUCAGAUGAAAGUGGGGGGCACUUCCCCUUUAAUGCACGUGCCCGUCAUCACCACAUGCCGGGGCCACCCAGCAACAUGACCCGGAUGAUGAUGAGAGAAGAUGACAUGCCCAUUUUACCUGAUCUAUCAAUCUGUGACAUGCUGUUGAGCUCACCUAACCCGCCACCUAUCAACGAGAUUCCUUUUUUCUGCCUCUGUUCCCACUGUAAGGGUACCGUGGGACCCAAAGGAGACCGCGGAGACCGAGGUCUCCCAGGUCUACCUGGGAGUCCUGGGAGGAGAGGAAUGAUGGGGUUCCCAGGUCAUCCAGGAUUCACAGGCGCUCCGGGGAUGAAGGGUCAGAAGGGCGACGUUGGGGAGCAGGGGAUGCCUGGAUCUAUGGGUUUCACUGGGAUGAAGGGCGAGCGAGGCUUCAAAGGAGAAAAAGGUGACAGAGGAACGGCAGGCCCCCAAGGUCAACAAGGCCCCCAGGGAGAAACCGGCAUAUGCCCUGCUUCCUGCGAUAGUGUCCAGGGUCCACCAGGUGAACAAGGCCCCUCUGGGCCAGCCGGUUCUCGGGGCCUGCCUGGAAUCAAGGGAGAAAGGGGACCCAUGGGUUUUAAGGGUGAUAAAGGUGACCUGGGCAUACCUGGCAACCCUGGGGUGGACGGCCAGAAGGGUGAUCAAGGUAUGCAGGGGAUAUGUGAGUGCACAGAUGGGGAAGACGGCGCUAAUGGGGCAGCAGGAGCAAAGGGGGAUAAAGGGGAUAAAGGUGACACUGGCCCCCGGGGUGCACAGGGUACUAUGGGGCUAAAAGGCAACAUGGGUGCCAUGGGUAUGAUGGGGCAGCCUGGGCCGUGCUCCCCAACCAUCAAAUCAGCAUUCUCCGCGGCAAUCAACCAGUCGUUUCCAGAGCCUAACCUUCCUGUUCCUUUCUAUACUAUCAUUUAUAAUAAGGAAAACCAUUUCGAUCCAAGAGGCAUGUACACAGCCCCUGUUAAUGGCACAUACGUCUUCACCUUCAACAUGGCAGUUGCUGAAAGGACUCUUAAGGUUGGCCUGUUCCAAAACUUCUGGCCUAUAAUCAAAGCAACGGAAGUGGUAGGAAACGAGCAGUCAUCCGUGAGCCAGACUAUCGUCCUCCACCUCAAAAGGUUUGACCGGGUGUGGCUGCAGGUGAAGAGCAGCACCACCAACGGCAUGUACACCGACAGUGAGAGCAGCAGCACGUUCUCUGGGGGGCUGCAGUUCCCUGACAGCUGCGAUCCGCCCCUGGGCAGACAGAUGUUUCCUCCACAAGAUGACCGAGACUUUAGCUGGGAAGGUCCCGAUGGCAACACCACCCCUCCACCAUACUAGGCUCCAAUCAGUCAGUCAGUCGCACAGUUAUAGACAAAGCCAAAGCAUCCACACACACCUAAUCAAACACAAAUCAUCAAAACACAGUGUAUUUAUAACUCCAAGUUUUAAAGGAGGGGUAUUCUAGAAGAGCAGAAUUGUCCAGACGUUACUGUGAGGCUCAACAGGUCGUGUAAAAUAGUGUUUUAUAAACGAGCCAGUCAGAACUACUCUUAAAUAUGUCGGCACCAUUCCUGGGUCAUUCUAGAAAUGACCAGUUCAGUGUGGUAGGAGGUAAGAGGUGGGGCGAGCAGAACUGAUGCCAACCAAUGAUUUAAGACUGACCAAACAUGUUCCCCUCAAGAUGAACUUUAAUGCUCUGACUUUGCAACCAGAAUCAGGUCAGAAUUAUAAUUUUAUGAAUAUUUUAAUUGAUUUGUAUUUUUGUUUUUUUUACAGUGUGUGUGUUGAUAAAAAAAAAAACUGAAAUUAUAAGAAAAUUAAGCAGGAUGAAUACCCCCCCUUUAAAUGUGGCGAUAAAUUCACUCUUGAUUGAUUCAACUCACUGAAUUAUAAAAAUGUAUGUAGGCUCACACGUGCCAGCUUGAUAAAUGCAUCUGAUCAUGCACUUGAUACACUUAAUAAAUGGCUAGAUCACUGAGCUGGCCACAGACUUUUUCAGCCGCCUGUAGAGGUUCAGAUUUGCUUAGUCGAUGUUUUUAAAAGCACUUUGCAUUCUCAGAGUAAAUUUAUUUUUAAUCCUUGAGAUCAGCUUGCUGCAGCUUUUUAGAGCCCUUAUCAUGUUGUCUUUUCAAAUGUUAAUGAUGCAUAAAGUCUGAUGGUUAAGAAAGAAAACAAUGAAUUAUUAAAAUUGCAAUCAAAUCGGCUGCUUCGAUCCUCCGACAUUUUAUUUUAGUCAUUUUAUUUCAGACAAAAGCGACAGUGUCUGGAGUAGAGUUUGACAAACUUUACAGCAGAUUCAGAGAACCCACAGCCGUCUCACUGGGUGCUUCUGCACAGAAACAAAGAAACAUCCACUUUCUGUUGUUUAACUGUGUGGAUGGAAAGAAGAUCAGGCGAUAUAUGAAUAUUCAGAGAACAGAUAUGGGCAAAUAAAUCUUCAAAUCAGUCCAAGCUGAAUCUAACAUAACGUUACCUAAUCCCGAGUUCAGCCUGCAGCAUGAUCCUGCUUGAAGCCCGUGUUAGUUCAGUCUGGUUGCAGUCUCCGGCAGGUCAGUCGUCUCUUAUGAUCUGUUCAGUCACGGUGAUCAAAAUGGCUCAACUGAGCGAACUCCGCUGGCUACACCUGGAUCAUCCGGUAACCAAAACUGUGACAGAGUUUAGCGUGCGUACAUGAGAAAUACAACCCACCCUUCUUUUCCAACCAAGAUGCUGAUUUAACAGCAGAGAAUGUAACAUGAAGUUUAUUUUUUGAUAGAAAAUGUGAAUAUGUGAAUCGCCACCAUGCGAUACAGGAAGCUCAAAACUAAUUUGUUGAAAUUUAAAAGAGCAGGUGAGCGUUUAAGGAAGGACGCCGUGACGGAAGAAAAGUCCAGGUCCAUUAGAAAGCCAUGAAGUGUGAUGUGCUGCUGAUGGUUUAAGUGCAAAGUCCCAACCUCCAUCUUAAAGAAAUUUGAGCACAAAAAUCUGAUUUUGUAAAACAAAUAAGAAGAAAUGAGACGUGAGAGAAAUUCCCUGUUUCUAAUAAAUAAUAAAACUAUUAGACAGCAGUGCAGAAAUGAACCGUGCUGCAACAGGAUUUAUUUUAUUUAUGUUUUCUUCAUUUUGACAAAAAGUCACAUGUUUUUCUUUCUUUUCUUUUUCAUGAUAUGAUUGCACAUCUAAAACAUAAGCUCAAUGAAAAUCCCUGAAUUUGACAAACAGAUGAUUUAGGCUUGAAUGAUGCAGAUGUUGAUCGGUGUUUGUGAAUGUGUCACAUCUGUUUGUGCCUCAGUUUGCUGUCUGUGGUUUUUGUCUGAAAUUAAAAAAAACUUCUGAUGUUU